AUGGUUUCUGGUGACUACAGAAUCCUAAUACGACACAACGAGCACAUCACAGGUAGUCCCUUCACGGCAAGGAUCGCUGGUAAGCAGGAGUAUCUACAGUAUGUGGCUGGUGACAGUGUUGUUCCCCGGAGGUCCCGCAGGGUGAUGUUUGGCACAGCGACUGACUUCAGCCUGGACAUCACAGAAGAGGAUAUCCACCUGCUCACAGCCAGUAUCGUGUUUCCAUCAGGCCUGGAUGUGUCCUGCCUGCUGAAGAGGCAGCAUGACAGACACACAGCUGAUUUCAUUAUCUGGGCUCGAGAGGCAGGUGCCGGUAAUGGAGGGCCCAGGUCAGGCGCAGCCCACCUUUUGAGGAAAGGGAAGAUGGCUCCUGUGGGAUCUCCUACGUUGCUCAGGAACCAGCUUGAGCAGAGGCAGGAGUCCCAGAGCCCCAAAAAGUUCCUUGCAACAGCAAACCCAGAGUUCACAACACUCAUCUCUCUACAUGUUGCAGAGAGAGACUCAGAGAGAAAGAGAAACAGUAUUUAUCAAUUCCUCAAUAGGUACUGGAGGAGGACCCUGGGUCUACAGGUGCGCUAUGCAGACUGUGGGGGGUACCGCUUCUGUUACUCUUACAGAGGGAAGCCAGGGUUCAGACCAUCCAUCCUCAUGCUACAUGGUUUCUCUGCUCACAAAGACACAUGGCUCACUAUGGUCAAGUAUCUACCCAAACACCUGCACAUACUGUGCGUGGAUAUGCCUGGCCAUGAGGGAACCACUCGUACCAACUCAGAGGACUACUCCAUCCAAGGCCAGGUCAAGAGGAUUCAUCAGUUUGUGGAGAACGUUCGACUGAACAGGAAGCCCUUCCAUCUGGUCGGGACCUCCAUGGGGGGCAAUGUGGCAGGGGUGUACGCAGCCAGCUUCCCCUCCGAAAUCUGUAGCAUCAUCCUUAUCUGUCCAGCAGGUAUAGCGAUACCCUGUGAGACAAAAUUUGACAAUCAUCUGCAGGACCUUGAGCACAGCCAUUACACUCUGAGCAUCCCACUGAUUCCGUCCACGCAGGAGAUGGAGGAUAUGCUCAGGCUUUGCUCCCAUGUCCGCUUUAAGAUCCCUCGACAGAUUCUUCAAGGACUGGUGGAUGUUCGCCUUCCACACAAUGAUUUUUAUCAAGAAGUUUUCAUGGAGUUAUUGGGUGAGAACUCCAGAUACGCCCUACAGGAAAAUUUGCAGCUGAUCACUGCCCCUUUGCAAGUCAUUUGGGGUAAACAGGACCAGGUGGUGGAUGUCUCUGGAGCUGUGGUAGUGGCGGAGGCCUUGCCCGGUUGCAGGGUGGACCUGUUAGAGAACUGUGGCCACUCUGUGGUGAUGGAGAGGCCUCGCCGGACGGCCAAACUCAUCAUGGAGUUUAUUAUCUCCCUGGGUACCACCAGCGGAACCAUUAAGAAGCGCUCCUGAGAAAUAUAUUCUUUAUGGAAGUUUUAUUAUUUAGUCAAGCAUUUUACUUUGAAAUGUAAAAAAAAAAAAAAGUUUUACGAUCAACUAAUUACUGUAAACUCUUAUAUUUUCAGAUUCAGGUAUUUUUUUCACCCAUGUAAUAUCUUGGUCAAAUAUAUUGUUUUUUCCUCUUCCUGCAAUAUUGGAUGAUAUUUGACUAAAUUAGUAAACCCUGCCUGUGUCUAAUUUCAUUGAUUUUCAUCAAACUAUGCUGAUGGAAUGUUUGUAGCUAGCCUAUGUGCAUAAAAUAAAGAAUACUUCCAUCUCUUUUCUA